AUGGCGGCAGCCACGAAUUCCGGCUCCAGCCUCCCACUGUUCGACUGCCCUACUUGGGCAGGUAAACCCCCACCUGGAUUACAUCUGGAUGUAGUCAAAGGAGACAAACUAAUUGAGAAACUGAUUAUUGAUGAGAAGAAAUAUUACUUAUUUGGGAGAAACCCUGAUCUGUGUGACUUUACCAUUGACCACCAGUCUUGCUCUCGGGUCCACGCUGCCUUGGUCUACCACAAGCAUCUGAAGAGAGUUUUUCUAAUAGAUCUCAAUAGUACACACGGCACUUUCUUGGGUCACAUUCGGUUGGAACCUCACAAGCCUCAGCAAAUUCCCAUCGAUUCCACAGUCUCAUUUGGCGCAUCCACAAGGGCAUACACUCUACGUGAGAAGCCUCAGACAUUGCCAUCGGCUGUGAAAGGAGAUGAGAAGAUGGGUGGAGAGGAUGAUGAACUCAAGGGCUUACUGGGGCUUCCAGAGGAGGAAACCGAACUUGAUAACCUGACAGAGUUCAACACUGCCCACAACAAGCGGAUUUCCACCCUCACCAUUGAGGAGGGGAAUCUGGAUAUUCAGAGACCAAAGAGGAAGAGGAAGAAUUCACGGGUGACUUUCAGUGAGGAUGAUGAGAUCAUCAACCCAGAGGACGUGGAUCCCUCAGUUGGACGUUUCCGGAACAUGGUACAGACUGCAGUGGUCCCAGUAAAGAAGAAGCGGAUGGAAGGCCCUGGCUCCCUGGGCUUGGAGGAACUGGGGAGCAGGCGGAUGCAGAACUUUGCCUUCAGUGGGGGACUCUACGGGGGCCUGCCACCCACACACAAUGAGGCGGGCUCCCAGCCCCAUGGCAUCCAUGGGACAGCGCUCAUCGGCGGUUUGCCCAUGCCCUACCCAAACCUCGCCCCCGAUGUGGACUUGACUCCUGUUGUGCCAUCAGCAGUGAACAUGAAUCCCACACCAAACCCUACAGUCUACAUCCCCGAAGCCGUAAACGAACCCAAGAAGAAGAAAUACGCAAAAGAAGCAUGGCCGGGCAAGAAGCCGACGCCUUCCUUACUGAUCUGA